AUGUAUGGGAAGGCCGCGGCCACGAACACUACCAGCAGCAUACGACAGGACUUUAUAACCUUUUUCGAGGGCAAGGGACACCCACAGGUGCCGUCGUCGUCGCUAGUACCUACUGCGGACGCAACGCUGCUGUUCACCGCUGCAGAUGCGAAUGAACAGAGUGUGUUCCCGCCAAUGGUAGCAUUCCAUUUGCUCGAACGGCAUGGGCUGCCUGUGGAUGUGACCAUGGUCAUGGCGCGCCAAAACGGAUACACCCUGGACCUUGCAGCAGUCGAGGACGUUAUCGAUGAACAGAGAACAAGCUCACGUAAAACACACCAGCAAGAGCAGAAAAAUCGGACCCAAAUGUCGGACAAAGGACCCACUGCGGCCACAGUGAUGCGCCGCUGGGGUGAGAGUGGCAUUCGCAGCACUUUUCAGGACAGAUUCGGCCCUAUUCAAUCCGUAGUCAGGGCAGUGCACGUGGACGAGAAGAAUGACGUGUAUGCUGUAUUAGAUCCCUGUCCUUUCUAUGGCGAAUCGGGAGGCCAAGUGGGUGACACCGGUGUUGUCAUGGCAACCACGGGAGAUACCGCCGAUGGCUGCACAUACACAGUCGUCGACACUCUCACGCCCUACAAAGGUAUGAGUGCAGUGCGAAUGCGACGGACGGCUAUGAAUAGCACAGCCAAUGAAAACACGACUGUAAAUAGCACAUCCAAUCAGAUUGGAGAUAUACCGCUGAUCAGUGUGGGCGAUACUGUCAGCGCCUCUGUCGAUGCCGAGAGACGCAAACGCAUUGCGCAACACCACACGGCCACACAUUGUCUACACGCGACACUGCGAAAGGUGUUAGGAGAACAUGUGGUCCAAGCCGGGAGCUUGGUGACCCCCGACCGUCUGCGCUUCGACUUUACGCACUCAAAAGCUCUGACGGCCAAACAACUGCGAGGCAUUGAGAGUGCUAUCAAUGUGUUCUCGAGAUCGGGUGCAGACACAGCACCACACAUACAUUCACAUACACAUACACAUACACACACAGAUACGCACGCACACGCACACACACAGCCACACACAGCUGUAGGUACACUUGCACACGCACCUGCACCAGCGCCGCCGUCACGAACGGUCACAACGGACUGCUUACCAUAUAUGGAAGCCAUCAAUGGCGGGGCCAUGGCCCUGUUUGGUGAGAAGUAUGAAGACGAUGUGCGGGUGGUCACACUGACGGGCCUGGACGGGAAUAGAUACAGCUCUGAGUUAUGUGGAGGCUCCCACGUGGAUCAGGUUAUCGAGUGCUUUCCGUUUCGCAUUCUGACCGAAUCUGCUGUAGCUGCUGGUACACGGCGUAUUGAAGCUGUAGUAGGACAAGCAGCCGUUGAUACCUAUCGUGAUACCGAACAGAUUGUACAGAGGGUGGCGUCAUUAGUAAAGUCGCCCAACUCUGCGCAAGUAGAGACGCGUGUGCAGUCACUUCAGAAUGACCUCAAGGAAAGCAAGAGGGAGAUUGAUCAGUUACUUCAAUCGGUUGCCAUGGCACCAGUUUUAGGCGAGACGUUUUUUGCCGGACAAUACAGUGGGGUUGAGGUGAAGGUGCAUAUGCUACCAGAGGAGCUGUCUGCUAAGAUUGUCCGCUUACGAGCUACUCAUUUGGCUAAGGUGGAGACGGGGACUGCGCACGUGUGCAUACACGGAAACAAGUUAGUCGCAUCCAAAUGCGGAACCAUCUCCAAAGACGUGAUCCAUUGCGGCCAGUUGGUGAAGUGUGUCACGACAGAACUCGGUGGCAAGGGAGGGGGUAGCCCUACUUUAGCAGAAGGCAGUGUCUCCGCUGAAGCGCUGAGUGCUCAGGCUAUCGUCGGUGCUGUCGAGUAUGCACUUCGAAUGUGAACGUACGAUUUUCGCGAUAAAAUAGAAAUACACGCGAUGAUACGACUCAACAUAAAUUUGUGUAAAGGAGUCAUCUGGCUCUCUGACUCUCUGACUCUCUGUCGUCAGAGUCAGACUCGUCGCUUGUCAGUACAGUUGUCCUGGUUGACUUUUAAAUAUAAAAUAAAGACAGGGGUGUA